CAAGAGUGGCUCCUCAGUGCUCCGUAUCCUGGCGACCCGGCCGCACACGCCAGGGCUGGACCUUGCCCCCAUACAGAAAAAAAGUUACACAUAUUACGCACGCAGUUUUUGAAAGUAUUUCGGAAAAUAUGCUCGGUUUAUGUGAUGAUAAAAUGUGUUGAUUUACAUCGUUGAUAUUUAUGGAAAAUCAACGAAUCAAAAUGGAAACUCACACGACGACCACGACACUCAAAAGAACUAACAUGAUAAUGUAACACUCGAUAUUGUGACGACAAAAUGGCCACCGAGCCUGCACACGAAAUGCACAUCAUCGAGGAAGGUCAAAGAGAGACGUCUAAACCAGCGCCUUCUGCCGGGAAGAUAUUCUACAAGCCUGGGGUCAUUGAGGAGGAGACUGAUGAGACCAGUGCGUUCGACAGCUCGGCUGUGGAGUCACCUAUGCUGGGCUAUGGAAGCUACCUCAGACCUAAUCCUCUGCCGACCUCUGUCAGCCUUCAUAGAAUACCGACUUACAGCAGCUCCAUUGGACAAAGCACUAUUUAUAGACAGGACACUUGUAGGAGCCGCUCGCAUCGACAUGGAGUUACGAGAAGGACGAGGCGACGCGCUGUUCUCAAAAAUGGAGAUUGCAAUGUUCUCAAAUCCAAAAUAUCUCAGCGGAGGUUAAGGUUCCUCCAGGACAUGUUCACGACUCUCGUGGACGCACAAUGGCGGUGGACUUUGCUAGUGUUCACACUCUCCUUCAUAUUAUCCUGGUUGUUAUUCGCUCUCAUAUGGUGGCUAAUAGCAUUCACACACGGAGACUUGGAAAUUGACCACCUACCGGAAAUGCAAGAAGAUUCCAAUUGGAAACCUUGUGUAUUUAAUAUUUACGGUUUUACCUCGUGUUUCCUGUUCAGUAUUGAAACUCAACAUACGAUCGGUUAUGGUGCCCGUACCACCACUGAAGAAUGUCCUGAAGCUAUAUUUAUAAUGUGUCUUCAAAGUAUAGUCGGCGUUAUGAUCCAAGCGUUUAUGGUGGGAAUAGUAUUUGCUAAGAUGACUAGACCUAAGCAUAGGACACAGACACUUUUAUUCUCGAAGUAUGCAGUGAUAUGCCAGAGAGAUGGCGAACUAUGCCUCAUGUUCCGUGUCGGAGAUUUGAGGAAGUCUCAUAUAAUCGGAGCCAGCGUGAGGGCACAAUUGAUAAGGUCGAGAACAACAAAAGAAGGCGAGGUACUAUCUCACUAUCAGACCGAGUUGGAUCUUAAUGCAGACGGAUGUGACAGCAACCUUUUCUUCAUUUGGCCAAUAACAAUGGUGCACAGGAUAAAUGCGGAAAGUCCUUUCUACGGUAUUUCCGCAGCAGACAUAUUACAAGAGAAGUUCGAGAUUGUGGUUAUAUUGGAGGGUACAAUAGAGUCGACGGGGCAAACCACGCAGGCGAGGUCGAGUUAUACAACGAGUGAAAUAAUGUGGGGACAUAGGUUUAUGCCGUUAGUGACAUACAAUCGUGAACGGCAAGGGUACGAAGUGGAUUACUCUAAGUUCGAGGAGACGACGCAGGUGGACACCCCGCUGUGCUCCGCCAAAGAAUUGGAUGAAUUCUAUGGCAGCCAGACAGACCGUAGAUCCAUUGAGAGCACGGAACACGGACAGCAACCACUGGUGCUGAAGAUCCCAGAGCGGCCCGGAACCGAGGCGAAGGCGGAGCAGACAGACGGCGACUUUACUGUCACUCUAUAAAAUUAUGAUUACUCUAUAUGAUAGCUAAUUAGAAGACCUUCAUAAUGCUAUAUUUCGUUGCCAUGCGGCCUAUGUUGCAGGCAUAGUUCGAUGUUCUAAGGAGCGCACUCGCAAAAAAUCUAUUUUGAAUUUUGUUCAAAUUUUAAUGUUUCAUUAAUACUUACAUCUGUUUUUAAGUGAGCAUCAGGCGACAGGCAGUUAGCACUUUUUUGUCUUGCAUCAGAAAUUAUAUUAUGUGAGUAUUGCCAUAAUAAUAAAAAAAUCAAAUUAAUUCAUAUGAUUUAAGUAGUACGCUUAUAUUGACGUAGGUAUUUAUAAUAAAAUAUCCUCAGGAUAACGAAAAAAAAAUACGAUUCGAUUUUAGCAAUAUUUUUCAUAUUCCACAUUUAAAAAAAAAAUUAGGUUACCAACAAACCAGUUUUAGAACUAGUCAGCUUUUAAAUAUAUAUGUAUUACGUACCUAGUUAGUUGAAUACAUGGUUGUGUAAAGUGGCCCUCGAAUACUUCGUAACAUUCCAAUGCACAUUUAGUUUAGUUAUAUUGUAAAAUAUUAGGAGAAAUAAUUUAUAACAUAUAUAGUUCAGCAGAUUGAUAUCACUUAAUGUAUUAACCAUCCGAUUGAAACACAAAAUUUGAUCAGUAUUUGCUUUAAAUAAAUUUAUUUAUUUUAAUAAUAUUACUUUAUUUAAAAACCUUUAGCGGACAGUUCAGUAGUUCUAAAAAUCUUAGGUAUAUUUUAUAUAAGUUUUAUAUAAGUCUCGUUCAUUGUCCGCUAAGGUGUUAAAUAAGCUCAAAAUGUGUGUUAAGAAUCUCGGUAACUUAGUAACAAAUCAUCGAAUAAUAUUUUUAAAUUCAUAUAAUUUUGUCACAAUUCGUCUGGUCACAUUAGGAAAAAGUUUAAUGUUGUAGCUAAGUAAGAUUAAGUUAAUUAUGUUGCAUGUAAAUAUUGAAUGAAUAAUUAUUUAUGUAGUGACGUUAAA